AUGGCGUGGCCUGAACCCAGAAACACCGGCAUGCAGUACCGCCGCCUUGGCCGCUCCGGUCUGCACGUCUCUGCAAUUGGACUCGGUGGCUGGAUGACCUACGGCGGUUACGCAGCCGACGAGGCAACUUUUGCGUGUAUGAAGAAGGCAUAUGACCUGGGUGUGAACUUCUUUGAUACGGCUGAGAAUUAUACGGCCGGCGAGUCGGAAAAGGUGAUGGGGAGGGCGAUUAAGCAUUUUGGGUGGAAGCGGAGUGAUUUAGUUAUCACGACGAAAAUCAACUGGGGUGCUGUAAAUGGUGAAAUUCUAGUCAACAACCAUGGCCUUUCAAGAAAACACAUUAUCGAAGGACUAGAGGCAAGUCUUGAAAGAAUGGGCUUGAAAUACGUGGAUGUAGUCUACGCCCAUCGCCCGGAUCGGUUGACACCCAUGGAGGAAACCGUCCGCGCAUUCAACCACGUUAUUGACCAAGGCAUGGCUCUAUACUGGGGAACAUCUGAAUGGAGCGCCGAUGAGAUUGCAGAAGCAGUGGGCAUCGCCCGCGAUCUCCGCAUGAUUGCACCCAUUGUCGAACAACCUCAGUACAAUAUCCUGGCCCGCGAAAAAGUAGAGGGCGAAUUCCAACGCCUCUACUCACGCUGCGGCCUCGGCCUCACAACUUUUAGUCCCAUCAAAAUGGGCCUCCUGUCAGGGAAGUACAACGACGCCAUUGACGGCAAGCCCCCGCCAAAUUCUCGAUUCGGCGCCAGUAAGGACUCCUUUGCGGAUUUCAUGAGAGAGCGCAUGGGAUCGGAUAGCUGGAAAGAAGAGAUUGAGCAAGUUCGUCAGCUGAAGCCCAUUGCGGACAAGCUAGGCGUCACACAGAGCCAACUUGCUGUGGCGUGGUGUUUGAAGAAUCCGAAUGUGAGCAGCGUUAUUACGGGUGCGAGUCGGCCGGAGCAGAUUGAGGAGAAUGUGGGUGCUUUGAAAGUCUUGGAUCUUUUGACGGACGAGGUUAUGGCUGAGAUUGAUGCCGUCACAAAGAACACCGUUGUUUUGGAUCCUGCAAGGCAGAGUUAA